AUGGAGGGCGACGGCGAUGAUGGGCGUCUUGGCCCGGCCAACUUCAACAACGCCAAUGCCGGCAAGCGCGAAUCAAGAAUCGACAAGUACGCCAAGCGAAGCUCGCAGAUGUUCAUCCCGUACAGUGUUGUCGACUUCCGCCAUUCACAGGCGCCGGCCCCGAGGUCUCCUGCGUACCCAUCGCGAACUUUGCAAGACGACGAGCGGGGGCUGACGAGGAUCGACUCCAUCGAUACAAUUACCGCCGAGAAGCAGGAGGCUGCUGCUGCCGUCCAUGAGGAAGAGGUGCUGGGAAGUACCGAGAUCUACGAUAAAGACGGCAAUAUUCGAUUUGUCCCCACUCCAACUCCUGACCCCAAGGAUCCCCUCAAUCUCCCCGAAUGGCGCAAGUGGCUUGCUGUUGCUUCACUCUGCUUCUUCGGCUCCGUCUCGCUCGCCGCUGAAAUCGCCGUUGCUGGACUGCUGCCCGUCUUCAUCCUGGAAUACUCUGGCGUGGACCCUGCUUCGACGCUCAAGCACGCCGACCUCAAAGGCAACCCGGACCCUCUUGGCGUUGUGCCACCAGGUGUGACUCCCGUAUCUCUAGCUUCGGUAUCGCUUCUGGCCACCAUUCCCAUGCUGAGCAACGGCAUCGCCACGUACCUGUUGGUUCCUCUCACUGCGGCCAUCGGAAGACGUCCGGUUCUCGUUCUGACCUCAGUUUUCUCAUGGGCUGGAGGCUUCUGGGCUGGAUACAGCAAGUCUCUCACCAGUCAUAUUGCCGCAAGAGUCUUCCAUGGUCUCGGCUCUGGUGCCGUUGAAGCCUUGCUUCCGCUCAUUGUCCAGGACAUGAUGUUCUUGCAUAAGAGAAACAAGGCUGUUGCGUCGAUCAUUGCCAGUCAGGGACCCAUGAUCGUCCUCUUCGGUAUCCUCGGCCCCUACAUUGCUGUCAACUGGGACUGGCGCUGGAUCUACUGGAUCACUUCCGCUGUCGGUGUACUCACCUGGAUUAUGCUCAUUCUUUUUGUUCCCGAGACACUCAGGCAGAGAUCCAAGGCGGAACUGGCCGGACAUCAGCUCUGGCCCGUGGCGCCCGGAGAAAGCCGCACUCAGUUGGACUAUGCUACCUACGGCGAACGCACCAGAUGGGAUGAUAUCGGUUUUUUCCAAACUGGGACGCACUGGAAGGAUGCCGGAAAGCAAAUCGUUGACACCAUCAAGACCACGAUGUUCCCUGCUGUCAUGUGGUGCACCCUGCUGCAGGUUGCUUUUGGAAUGGUAAUGGGUGCGACUGGGCAGGCAACGUCUUUUGCCCUUCUCGCUGCUGGCAUCCCUUUCGAACUUACCGGUCUCUCCCAAAUUCCUCAGAUCCUUUCAACCGUGGUCGUCUUUAUCGUCGGUGGUCCUGUCGCGGACGCCGUCUCACUCUGGAUCUCGAAGAAAAAGGGUGGCCGUGAGGCUGAGCAUCAACUUCCCAACCUCAUCCUUCCCAUCGUCAUGGCCAUUACUGGGGCCCUUGUCUUCGGUUAUGCCGACCAGAACCACCUCCACUAUGCCGUUUUGCUGCUUGGUACCUUCCUGCUCAUGACCUCGACCUUGAUCUCUGCUCCUAUUGUGCAGAACUACGUCAUCGAGAGUUAUCCUCAGUGGGCCGGUCCAGUUCUUGUCAACGUCUCGACGCUGCGUGUCUUCAUUUCUUUCCCUCUCAAUACCCAAGUCACGACUUGGCUUCAACAGCUCGGGCCCAUGAUGUUCACGGUCUACUUGUCCAUUGUGCUCCUUGCCGUGUCCACCGGUAUCCCGUUGCUCUUCUUCUUUGGGAAGAAGCUCCGCAUUAGGACGUCUGAAAAGGUCACCAAGCGUCAGUAG